AGUGGCUCGUGCCGCUCUGGUUCCGGCUCGACAUGAUCACGCGCAGCGGCGCGCCCUACGUCUUGCUGUCCGCGGAGCCGCUGGUGCAACUGUGGCACCGCGUUCACAUCAGCCUUAACCGGACCUUGUACCAAGACUACGUGGAACACUUCAUCGAUGUCGUCUACAACAACGGCAGCGCCUCGGGCGGAGCUUCGGAGUCGUACUUGCAGUUCCUGCGGACUAGGAGCGCCUACGUGCAGAACAACGUCUUCGAGGAAUUGAGCGCGCCCACUCGCGAGCAGCACCCGUUGCCCGUCCACGGCUACAUCAGCGAGCUGAGCGACUUCGUACCGAUGUUCUCGGCCAAGGACUGGACGUCCGCGCUUGCCGCUGCGUACGACGCGACGACCCGCGAGAGCACCGCUGUGUACGUGAGCAGCCGUGGUCUGCUGGACUCCAUGAAAGCCCUGCUCAGCGCCUUCUCGGCCCUGGAGCUCCUCUACCACACGGCCUGGUGGUUCUUGCAGCAAAUCGCUACCUUCACGAGCAACGAGCUCUACGCGGCUGCCACCGCCACUUUCGGCGCUCACGGGAGCCUGCACGUGAAAGUGCUGUGUGCUGUCCAGGUCAGCAUCACGUACCACGCACUCGUGGCCGACAACUUCUGGGUGAAUCGAACGGACGCCGACAGGGAAGCCGUGAGGCGCAUCCUGCGUGCGCUGCAGGACACGGUACGGAACGCGACGCGCGUCUCAUCCGCCGCCGGGCUACCCGUGCGCUCCCUCCUCUACAUGCUGGACGAGACGCGGCCCGUCGCCUGGCCAGAGGCGCCGCUCGACUUCCGGAGCGGUCUGCUGCUCCUCUACGGCGAAGCGGUGGACAGCGAGCACGGCUUCUUCGGCCACUGGCUAUCGAGCCACCGCAUGGUCCAGGCCUCCUACGGACGAUCGUGGCACAAGGCUGCAGGCCUGGUGUACAGGCUGGACACGAGCGCGCUGUCCACGUACAGCGCGGCUCGGGGAGUCAUCUCGCUGGCGACUGCAGCAGCGGAGCCUCCCUUCUACUACAACACCGGCACGCCCGCCAUGGCGUUCGGGGGCCUGGGCUUUGUCUACGCGCUCCGCCUGCUGCUUGCCAUGGACGUCACCGUACUGCUCAAUUCGGCGGCGCUCGGCAGCCUGGUGGUCGCCGACGACCAUGACCAUCUGGCACGGCUGCUGGCCUGCUCCGACCACGAGGAGAAAUACGCCGCGUUUCCUUUCCUGCCCGCGUUGGAGGCGGCGCAUGCAGCCUACGUGCAGUCCGUCAGCGGCACCGUAGAACCGCGCUUGAAAGGCUUGGAGGACUUCACCGCAGAGCAGGUCUUCUUCAUGACCAUGUGCCUCAGUCUGUGCCAGGAAGAUGGCGCUGGGAGGCGCUCGUCGCCUCCCUGCAACGCGGCUGCGCGCAACUUCGCGCCCUUUGCCGCGGCCUUCCGCUGCACCGACAAGUCGGCCAUGAACCCGGCGGAGAAAUGCCGAUUCCUGGGGAGCGAUCAUGGAGCGGACAGUUCGCCGAGCUACAGGAAGUGACGUCACGUCGACGAGCCGAGAUACGCUCGUGCGAGACAAGUUGUGCAGCCGAGAGAACAGCGACCGCUAAUUUAGCGGAUCUAUACUUCUGUAUAUAUCUCCAAAGCGCAUGCGCGCGCAAUUAUGACUUUGAUAGCCUCCUAUUGUUGUUACCGCUUGUUUGUAUCGUCAUUUAGACAUCAUGCAGGCGAGCCAAGUGUUAUUCAGCGAUGUAUAGUGUACGAAAAGAUCGCUGCACAGCUUCCGACAAGGGAUUUGUGCGGACGUUGAUUCGUGUGUAUGUUUGCAGCGCAUGUAUGUGCAUAAAUUUGACCUUUG